UAGUACCAGCUCCAUCAAUGCUCCCAGGAGUCUCUCCUCACUCCCUUACCCCAGGUCCAGCUGACCUGCUCUGAGCUUCUGUCCUGUUGCUGUUGCAGGAGCCAUGAGCACAGAGGGCCCCAGCCUCACCAGCUCCCCGGCCACCAAGCCCCUCACCUUCCUUUCAGCCCUGGUCACUCCAGGGCCCCCUGCACAGGCAGCUGACCCCCUCCCGGUGCUCAUUGCCCUGGCCUGCAUCUUUCUCCUGCUGGCCACCUGUCUGCUGUUCAUGAUGCUCUGCAAGCCGGCUGCGCUGGACCCGAGCCGCCGCAGGGCUCGAGAGUGCAUGCCCCACCACCCUGGGAGCCCCAGCGAGCCCCAGCUCCGGCUCUGGAAGCGCCUGGGCUCCCUGCGCCGCUCCCUGCACAGCUUCCGUCGCGGCAGGCCUGCUGCCCCUCGACGCCCCCUGCCGGGCUAUGAUGACAACCACAGUGACUAUGACUACAUGGAAUCUACCAAGAUGUGACAGGUGUCCACACACCACCCCCCUCCCCAGGUCCACCUGCAGAUCCUCCUGCCUCAGAUGGAGCCUGCCACUGUAGGCAGGCAAUGGCCCAAGCAAUCUGGGCCACACACUCACCCCUAGUGGCUUCCUGUAUGUCUAGGCCAGUGCCCUUUCCCAGAGAGGGCCUCCUGAAGAGUACCUUCCUCUCUGUAGACCCCCUAGCUGCUGCUUGCUAAAAGAUCCCUGGACCAAGGGAUGAGCACCCAUAGCUAUCUGGACCCUGAGAAUCUGUAUCCUGAGAAUCCACAGGAUACAACCUGGGGCUCCUUAGGGCCCCUUUCUGGCAACCAGGCAUCAACCACCUCCUGGAAGCAGCGUACCUGCUCCCCAAGAAGCCCUGCCUUUCCUCCAGGUGCCAAAGCCCAGCCAGAGGAGUUGCCAGUGGCCACAGGUUUCCUUCAGCCAAGUGGAACACUCAGCCUAUCCUGAGAGCAAGGUACUGUCCUACUGCCUAUGCUGACUCAUGCUCAAGCCAAGAGGGAACCCCUGGACUUCUCUCCUUGGACUUGCUGAGCACUGCCAGCAUCUUCCUGGUAAUGCAUGGGAGCCACCACCAUGGUCCUGAUGGAUUAGAUACCUGGAUGCCAGUGAGGAGCAGGGGCAAGAAGGAAGCCACCAGAUCACAACCUUGGCAGCAGGAUUGAUGGGCCCCCUUCAAGGUGUCCAUGGCAGGAUCUGUCAGGAAGGGGCUGAGGAUGGGUUAAGAGGCUGGUUUCAGAGGCCAGAGCUGGUGCUAUGACAGAGUGGCAAGAGGCAGGGCACUGCCAGCAGCUGGAAGGGAUGCCAGCUGGGCUCUGAAGACACAUCACAGAGGCUCCAUGCCUCAACCCAAGGGGUGGGAUGGCUCAGAACGCUCCAGGACACCUGUAGGAACUUAAACCUAGACCACACUGGGUAUGCUGUGUUUUUGGUGAUUGCUUCACUGACUGGCUACCUAUCAAAGCAAUCUCAUCCCCAGGUGGAUUUCUCAGAGUCCCAAACCUUCAUCUCUUCUCCGAAGUCCAGGGUUAAAUGCUUUCAUUGGGUCCCAGAUUUGCA